AUGUUCAUCAAGGCCGGCCCUGGGGCCGACGAAGAGGAGCGACGCGGUUCCGUGUCGAAUUGGUUCUCGUCGUUGAGACGCGGCGGGAGGCGGCGGCGGGAAGACGCGACCGUGCCGACCGGCUACGGCUCGCUGGGCCGCAGGAAGGACGGCACUCAGCCCCGGGGCAAGACGAGGUCCGCCUGGGACCUCACCACCGUCACCCGAAUGGUCUGUAUGAACUGGCUAACGCUUUCAACGAAGCCGUUUGUUGUCACUGCUCGUCCCUUGGCGCGCGUCCAAAUGCGCCGGAUCGAUGAUGCCUUU